AUGAGCUCGAGGAUCCACCAAGCAACGAGCGUGGUACCUGAGAUUGAUAGCGUCAUCGCUUCAACAUCGCGCACACCCUUCACCGAAGAACUGACGGAGGUCAAACUCCGGAAAAUGGACAAUUUGCGUCUCCCAGAGUACAAACCAGGAGGCGAUCCCGUCGAGCAUCUGACGGCCUUCAACAUCGCGGUGGCGAAAGCUAGACUUGCCCCCAAGGAAAGAGACGCGGGAUACUGCCAACUCUUUGUCGAGACGCUGAACGAACAAGCCCUGACUUGGUUCUCGGGAUUUGAAGAGAACUCGAUUAGCAGUUUCAAACAGCUCUCCUUGGCAUUUCUUAAAACUUACAUCAUGUUCACCAAGCGCAGCAACAGCCUCGAGCCUUUGGAACCUCAAGCAAACGAAGGACCAGAGCCUUCGCGACUACAUGGAACGAUUCAACUGCAAGACGCCGUUGCUCGCUCCCACAACUUCAUCCGUAUGGAAGAGGACACUAAAGCCAUCAUGAGCAAGCACAACUCGGUGAAGCAAUCAGUGCCUAAAAGCGCUGCUACAGCUCACAUCGAACCUCGUCAGCAUGCUCCCAGUGACAAAAACAACCGUAAGAACGGUCUCCUCUACUUCGUCGACGAAAAUGGGAAGAAAUGGAACACCUUUCAUCGAGAAACAUAUCCUCCGAGCGAAUCCCCCCGAGCAACGGCGACGGCCGCAGUCGCCCAGGUCGAUUCUGCGGCCGGUUCAUCCAGGACCCCUCCAGGACUUACCAAAUCGUGUAAACUCCAUGGCGUAAAAGGCCACGACACUUCAGAGUGCAAAACACUUUUCGCACAGUUCCUCUCCUCACUCGAAAGCGGCGAGCUCAAGAUCCCUCCUCCGAAGCCCAAAAGCGAGAACAGUUGGAGCAGGAACAAGGAUAGGAAAAAUCAGCGAAAAAAUCAGGCUGUCGAAGAUCAACCCGCGGUCAGACAAAGGAUCGAAGUUAUUCGCACCCAACCGGAACCCUCAUCGGACGAAGAGAGCGGCCUCGAGGAAGCUCUCGACCCGUUGGACUUACUAACGUUCCUCAAGCGAAUGAUCACUCCGACGAAUAACGAGACCCCCGGACCUUCCGAUCUCCGAGUCGAGCUCAACGCCAAAAGAACCAAGCAUGCGCUGAGCCAAGGAUCUCCACCAGCAUCUACAGGCGAUAACACUAUCGUCGAUUUGCGCGAUCAACUUAACGCACGGAUGGACGAUCUGCACCUCCUCGGAAUAAACUUCCCUCAUAACGAUCCCCUUCUCGUCGUACUGGCUAUCGAUAAGUACGAUGUUACCAAAGUGCUAAUCGAUACCGGCAGCUCAGUCGAUAUCAUUUUUCGCGAAACUCUCGUAAAAAAGGGUAUCGACUUAAAAGACGUGAAACCAUCUUCCAGAACUCUCACCGGCUUCAAUGGCUCCUCCGAAGUAAUCCUGGGAACUAUCCGUCUCUCGGUACAAGCAGAGGGAGUAACUCGGAUGGUCAAAUUCUCGGAGGUCAGUACCAAGGCCCCCUAUCACGUGAUACUAGGUACCCCAUGGCUGUACUCUAUGCGAGCAAUUGUAUCGACCUACCAUCAAUGUGUUAAAUUCCCGGGAGUGGAUGGGACUGUUAAGACAGUAAGAGGAGAUCAACGAGCCGCACGAGAUCUUUUGAUCGCCACGGUCAAAUUACAGCGCUCGCAGUCACUAGUCAACUUGAUUUCCCCUCCAAUAAGUAAGGUCUGCCCACAAAAGGAAGAAGUGCUCGAAGUCCCGGUCGACGAGUCGGAUCCAACAAAGUACUACGAGUAG